GAUUAGGUGUUGCAGAGAUUUCAUCUUUGCCGAUCGUUUCCUUCAGCGAUGGCUGCUUCAUCGGAGUCCAAGGAGUCAUUAGGGAACAACCCAGGUCUCACUUCGGCGAAGGACGACGCCACCAAGGAGUAUUUCUUGCAGCAAACUAUGCUUCGAGUUAAGGAUCCUAAAGCCAGCCUUGAUUUCUAUUCACGUGUGCUGGGAAUGUCCUUGCUUAAGAGGUUGGAUUUUUUAGAAAUGAAGUUCAGUCUCUAUUUCUUGGGUUACGAGGAUACUACAUCAGCACCAGCUGAUCCAAAGCAGAGGACAGUUUGGACUUUUGGCCAAAAAGCUACGCUUGAGUUAACUCAUAAUUGGGGCACGGAAAGUGAUCCUGAAUUCAAGGGCUACCAUAAUGGAAAUUCUGAACCUCGAGGUUUUGGCCAUAUAGGUAUCACCGUUGAUGAUGUCUACAAGGCAUGUGAACGAUUUGAAAAUCUAGGGGUGGAGUUUGUGAAGAAACCUGAUGAUGGAAAAAUGAAAGGCAUUGCAUUUAUUAAAGAUCCUGAUGGUUACUGGAUCGAAAUUUUUGACCUUCAAAAGAUUGGGGAGGUUACGGCUGUGGCCUCCUGAAAGACUUUGGACUCUAAAGGGUAUAGCUUUCUCUCAGUUUCCCUUGGGGGAAAUACUACUCAGACAAAUAAAAUAUGGAGGGUUCUGUAGUUGAAAUAAACAACAGAAUUGAAUUGAUAUUUAUGCUCAUUAUUUUGUUUGGGUAUGUACUUAUAUUCCAUAAAAAUUGUUACUUAUUUAUGUUUCUAAUUCUUACA